AGUGUUUUAUCAUAUCAACCUCAUAUGCCACAAGUGUUAUCAGCCAAUACGGUAUUGCCCGAUACACUUAAGGUGCCCAUUAUAAGCAAUAUGUUGCUGCCGGCUAUGGCCGGGCAGUGUAAGGAUAAUGCCAACAUUAAAGCAACACCCAUUAUGAUACAAACACCAGCAACAACAACAGCUACAGCUACAACACCCAUACAAACGCCCACACUUACAAAACAUUUAAAUGCCACAGCAGUAACAUGUAGUAAUGGUAGUAGUAACAACAAUAAUAAUGCAAAUAAUACUGUAACACACAAUAUAAUAAAUAGCACUACAGCAACAGCAACAGCUACAACUACCACUGAUACAGCACACACGAUUGUUACAAUACCCACAAUUGCUACAACAUUAGUUACCACACCCACAUUAAGUGUACGUUGCACACAGGUACCCAAAUCACCACCCCGCUGGCCAUUGAGACCCGGUGUUAUGGUGCAUGUCAGCAGUGAUACUAAAGAAAAUUUAGCCGUUAAUCGCAUGACUUUAAAACCGACUGCAACACUGGCUAAUUUGACAGCCUCGACAGUAAAUGACAGCAUAGUGUCUUCAUCAACACUUAAUAAUAGUGCGGCCACCAAUACCACACAGACAACAUUACUCAAUGUCACCCGACAAUCCUCCUUGACUCUGGGACGCAUUGGUAGACAAGCUAGAGUACAACAACCAAAUGACCAGCAAGAUUUACCACUUAAGGUGGAGGCUAAUGAGCACAACAGCAGACAACAGCAAUUAUCAUUAUGUCAAACUUUACCUUUAAGAGGUAAACAAGCAAAACUAACAAUACCCGCCCCAACACAUUUGACAGUUACAAGUAGUGGUGUGCAACAAAUAAAUUUAAACACCUCUACAGAUAGGCCGGCCGAGGAAGUGAAUGCUAUGGAAUUGGCAGCCGCCAACAGUGUUAAUAAUGAAGCGGAAAUUGUUUCCGAAGAUGUGGAAAGAAAUCUAGAAAAUCCCUGUGCCGUAACGGAAGCUUCACAUUUGCAGGUUAAGCUAUCGAAUUUCAAAAAGGUGGAAUUGUUUUUCACCAAUAUAUUCUUUAAGAGAGCUACGAAGUCCGAUGGCUGUCGCGACAGUCAACGAAGUCAUGUAGGCCUAUUGGGCGGGAAAUUUUGGAAACGUUCAGAGGCCUCGACGCAACACUCUGGCAAAUCGCCCUUUAGCACAGAACAUCGUUUGAAAGGCAUACGCAGCAGUGGCAGUGUUACCUAUAAAAAAUGUGCUAAAACAACAGACUCAAGCUCAAGUAGUUCAAAUACAAUCACAACCACCUCUGCAACAAACACAUGUAGUAGUUCUGUAAACAACAACAACAACACUGAAACCGAUAUGUUCAAUAAUACAGGACUGACAACAACCACAGCACAGGCUCAACAGCAAACACCAACAACAAUCACACUACAAACACCACAACAACAGCAACAACAACAACACCCAUUACCAGUAUCAAUGACCUCAAUGUCGCCUUCCUUAAAUAUCAAUCACCCUCCGCGAGCAGAAACAGGCGAACGCCUUGUCGCCGCCACAAUCACACACAGCGACAGAUCCGUAACAACGGUUAUACAAUCUAUACCAUCGACUAUAGUGUCGAGCCGAGAGGUAACACGAAAUCCCAGCCAACGUUCCCUGCUCAGGGGCAUACUGAAAGCACCAACACCACCGCCCAGACCGCCACCAAUCAUGCGAACGGCUGUUGCGCCCCUGCAGCGAUCAAACAGUCAUGUGAACUCUCUGAGAAACGAACAAGUUCAAAGUAAGAUUUUUGGUUUUUAA